UGUACAGUACGCAGAAAGCAAGACAUUUUAGAGUGGACUCUGGCAUGCUACUAACAGUGUAUGUGUUUGUUUUGUUCUAGGAUGCUGGAGUACUCUCUGAACCUGGAGAACGUCAGCUUCUCGGCAGUGAGAACAGUUCGAGUUCUGAGACCCCUCCGAGCCAUCAACAGAGUGCCUAGUAUGCGUAUCCUGGUGACCCUGCUCUUGGACACCCUGCCCAUGCUGGGGAACGUCCUGCUGCUCUGUUUCUUCGUCUUCUUCAUCUUCGGCAUCGUGGGUGUUCAGCUGUGGGCUGGGCUACUGAGGAACCGCUGCUUCCUGCCCGAGAACUUCUCACUUCCUCUGUCCAUCGAACUAGAGACCUACUACCACACAGAGAAGGAUGACGAGAGUCCCUUCAUCUGCUCCAUGCCCAGGGAGAACGGCAUGCGUCUGUGUUCCUCUGUGCCCACCCUGUAUGAGGAGGGAGGUCUCCAGUGCCAGGUGAACAUGAAGUCCUACAACAGCACAGACAACACCACCUGUAUCAACUGGUACCAGUACUACAGUAACUGCUCCGCGGGACACGUCAACCCCUUCAAAGGAGCCAUCAACUUUGACAACAUCGGAUACGCCUGGAUCGCUAUCUUUCAGGUGAUCACUCUGGAGGGCUGGGUGGACAUCAUGUACUUUGUGAUGGAUUCUCAUUCCUUCUACAACUUCAUCUACUUCAUCCUCCUCAUCAUCAUUGGCUCGUUCUUCAUGAUCAACCUGUGUCUGGUCGUCAUCGCCACCCAGUUCAGUGAGACCAAGCAGAGGGAGAGCCAGCUGAUGAGGGAACAGCGCGUCCGUUUCCUGUCCAACGCUAGUACUCUGGCCUCCUUCUCCGAGCCGGGCUCCUGCUACGACGAGCUGCUCAAACUCCUGGUCCACGUCAUCCGCAAUGGGUUCAGGCAGGUGGCCCAUGUCUGCCGGGCCGUGAUGCGCCGUGCUGGGAUGAACAUCGCAGCCUCUCCUCCUGCCCUGGAGAGAGAGAGGGAACGGGGGAGCCAGAGAAAGAGGAGGAAGACUUCCAGACAGGGUUCUGUGGUCUCCACAAAAGGGUCUAUGUCCGUUCAUUACUUGGUUCACCAACAUCACCAUCAUCAUUAUCACUAUCACUUAGUGAACGGGAGUGUGCGAGGGAGACUAGGGGGGAGAGGGGUGGCGGGGGUCGGGGGAGGAGGGGGGGAAGUGGAGAUGGGUUCCCAUAGCAACAACGGGGGCACUGGACGUCUCAUGCUGUGUCCUCUUCCGUUGCCGACCUCUGACCUGAACUUGGCAAACCCGGUGUCACCGGCCAAUCCCGCUCUGGGAACCGGUAAAGGCAACUCGUCAUCAGUGCGGAGUACAUUACACACAGACUGCCACCUGGAGCCCAGCACCCCCACACUCCUCGCCCCUACCACUAGCCCCUUCUCUCUGGCCCCUACGCCCAUGUCUAGGCCUAUGAAGAGGAACUCAGUACCGUUCGCUGGUCCCAGACCUAAAAACUACCCCACCCUACAGCCCAACACACUAAUGGAGUUUAGAAGUGGCAGUGUUACAGCUAGUACCAUUAGUAAUAUAAACCUAAAUAUACCCUCUCUACCCCUGGUGAGAGGACCACCGAGUGUGUUAGACACACACACAUCCACAGCCCAGCUCUCACGACAUGACCUGAGUGCCAUCGGAACCCUGGACCCCUCGUUCACCUUUGACCCUGAGUCGUGCCCCUACUGUGUCAAGGCUCUGUCAGGGGAGUCAGAAGGCACUGACGGAAACGAGACCCCCGGGGAAUCCGACAGCGAGGGCGUCUACGAGUUCACCCAGGACCUCCACCACAGGGACCGCAGGGACCGUCGGGACAGCCGUCAGCCCGGGAAGAGGCAGCGAAAGCUGGGUAGCACGGUGGGGAGAGUGGUCCGGGCCUGGAGGCUGGUGUGUGAUACCUUUAGGAAGAUAGUGGACAGCAAGUAUUUUGGAAGAGGAAUCAUGAUCGCCAUUCUGAUUAAUACACUGAGUAUGGGGAUCGAGUUCCACGAACAGCCUGAUGAGCUGACCAAUGCUUUGGAGAUCAGUAACAUAGUGUUCACCAGUCUGUUUGCCUUGGAGAUGUUACUCAAGGUGCUGGUGUAUGGGCCGUUUGGUUACAUCAAAAACCCGUACAACAUCUUCGACGGAGUCAUCGUGGUCAUCAGUGUAUGGGAGAUCGUGGGUCAGCAGGGCGGUGGUCUGUCUGUGUUGCGUACCUUCAGGCUGAUGCGGGUGUUGAAGUUGGUGCGCUUCAUGCCCGCUCUGCAGAGGCAGCUGGUGGUGCUGAUGAAGACCAUGGACAACGUGGCCACCUUCUGCAUGCUACUCAUGCUCUUCAUCUUCAUCUUCAGCCUGAUCCUAACUCAGGAGGACUGGAACAAGGUUCUCUAUAAUGGUAUGGCCUCCACCACUCCUGUGGCCGCUCUCUACUUCAUCGCCCUCAUGACCUUUGGGAACUACGUCCUCUUCAACCUUUUGGUGGCCAUCUUGGUUGAGGGCUUCCAGACUGAGGCUCCGCCUGUCUCUCUACCCUCCACAACCCCGCUGCACGAUGCCACGGCUGUUGAGACUAACCAGGGAGAAGACUCCAAGUCAGUGUCGGAGGCUGAUUUAUCAUCGAGGAGUAUGGAGGACGUGAACGGCAGUGGAAAGGAUGGCUCCCCAGUAGUCCCUAUAAACGGUAAUGUUGACCUGAAGACCAGUCUGACCCCUCCUCUGAUCACCCACACUGCUGCCACCCCCAUGCCCGUUCCCAAGCUGCCCGCCGUGGUUGACCCUGCUCUGGGCUUUGAGUCCCGACCCGGCAGCAACAUCUCCAUGGACCUAGCCUGCUACGACAAGUCUCUGGCAAGUCAAUUCAGAACAAAUUCUUAUUUACAAAGACGGCCUACCAAGAGGCAAAAGGCCUCCUGCGGGGACGGGGGCUGGGAUGAAAAAAAGACCAGUGCCCGUAGCACCUCCCCUUACGCCCCGUGGAGCUCCGCCUCUGGCUGGACCAGCCGUAGAUCAAGCUGGAACAGUGUAGGCCGUGCCCCUUCGCUCAAACGGACAAAGCGUCAGUCUGGCGAACGGCGGUCGCUCCUCUCCGGAGAGGGUGGGUCCAGUUCAGAGGAUGAUGAGGGUGGAGGAGGGGGGACAUCGGAGGGGGAUGAUGUGUCCUUGUGUCGUACCGACUCCAUGUCCCAGUCCCAACACCGACACAGGAGGAUGGAGUCUGUGGAGACCAGGGGGUCCACAGACCUGGCCCCUGACAUACUGCUACAGGUGCCCUUCCUGUAUCGCUCAGCCAGUAUACACAGCUCCAGACCCCCCUCACUAGGAGGCCUGAGAGCCCCAGAACACAGUGACUGUAACGGGAAAGGCACUCUGGCCCCUGGGGGGGCCCUGGCCCAGACACAGCUCUCCCUCGAGGACAACACAGAGGACGAAGCAGCAGAGGAGGAGGUUGUGGGUCGUUUCGCCAGGCUGUCACGCUGGCUGGAGAGGAAACAGCCAGAGUGGUGUCGUCAGAGAGAUACCUGGUCCAUGUACAUAUUACCCCCGGACUCCAGUUUUCGAAUGGCGUGCAACAAGAUAAUAACCCACAAGAUGUUUGACCACAUCGUUCUGGUCAUUAUCUUCCUCAACUGCAUCACCAUCGCCAUGGAGAGGCCAAGAAUAGAGGCAUAUAGCGUGGAGCGCAUCUUCCUCACAUUAUCCAACUACAUCUUCACAGCGAUCUUUGUGGCAGAGAUGACAGUAAAGGUGGCUGCGCUGGGCUGGUUGUUUGGUGAUAAGGCCUACCUGAGGAGUAGCUGGAACCUUCUAGACGGGAUGUUGGUGAUGAUCUCAGCCAUAGACAUCCUUGUCUCAUUGGUAUCCAACAGCAGCCCCAAGAUACUGGGUAUGCUCCGGGUGCUGCGCCUGCUACGGACGCUCAGGCCACUACGUGUGAUCAGCAGGGCCCCAGGUCUGAAGCUGGUAGUGGAGACUCUGAUGUCGUCUCUAAAGCCCAUAGGGAACAUUGUGGUCAUCUGCUGCGCCUUCUUCAUCAUCUUUGGUAUCCUGGGAGUACAGCUCUUCAAGGGGAAGUUCUUUGCGUGUCAGGGAGAGGACGUGAGAAACGUCACUAACAAGUCAGACUGCAUGAUGGCCAACUACAAGUGGGUCAGACAGCAGUACAACUUUGACAACCUGGCACAGGCUCUGAUGUCUCUGUUCGUGCUGGCCUCUAAGGAUGGUUGGGUUGAUAUCAUGUAUGAUGGAUUAGAUGCAGUGGGAGUCAACCAACAGCCGCAGCUGAACCACAACCCCUGGAUGCUCCUCUACUUCAUCUCCUUCCUGCUCAUCGUCAGCUUCUUCGUGCUCAACAUGUUCGUGGGCGUGGUGGUGGAGAACUUCCACAAGUGUCGUCGCAGCCAGGAGGCCGAGGAAGCCAAGCGCAGGGAGGAGAAGAGACUGAAACGGAUGGAGAAAAAGAGACGGAGUAAGGAGAAUGAGAUGGCUGGUCGGUAGUCUUUCCACAUCUUUCUGAGUCCUGCUUGUUUUGGUUUGAUUCGGUUUGAUUUGACCAAAGCCAAGCGAUUGAGGGAACGCGCUAGA